AUGGCGUCCGGACAUGAAAUAUACGCGCUACGGGCGUGGAUGUACAAUCAUAAAGAUCCAGAGACUGGUGAAGUAACGAAAGAGUAUCGUGCUGGACUACGAGGAUUCUUACAACAGGCAACCAACCAACCAUUCGCAAGGGAACAUGGUAAAAUCUUUUGUCCCUGUAGAAAAUGCAAGAAUGAGCCAUAUUUAAAAAUAGAUACUGUGAAGAGGCAUUUAUAUAAUAUAGGAUUUAGACCAAACUACUACAUAUGGUUUUUGCAUGGGGAAGGUGCAUCAAGUAGUAGUACGGGUCAGGGAUUUGAACUGCCAAAUUAUAAUGCGGGUGAUGGAUAUGAUCAAAAUAUGUUUGGAAAUAAUGCGGGGGAUGGGUAUGAGCAAAAUAUGUUUGGAAACAAUGCGGGGGAUGGGUAUGAGCAACAGGGAAAUAGGUAUCAUGAUAUGGUUACAGAUGCAUUGCAUGAAGCUGCUAUUCCUGAUAGUAGUAGGGAAGAACCUAACAUAGACGCACAACGAUUUUAUAAUAUGUUAGACGCUGCCAAUGAACCCAUCUACGAAGGAUGUAGAGAAGGGCUUUCUAGAUUAUCACUAGCAUCUAGGAUGAUGACCAUUAAAAGUGAUCAUAAUCUAAAUGAGAAGUGCAUGGAUUCAUGGGCUCAACUCAUUAAUGAGUAUUUACCAGAAGGUAAUCUUGCUGCGGAUAAUUUCUAUGAAAUUCAGAAGCUAGUUGCCGGUCUUGGUCUACCAUCUGAAAUGAUUGAUGUAUGCGUUGACAACUGCAUGAUUUACUGGAAAGAUGAUGAAAAACUGACGGAGUGUCGAUUUUGUCAAAAGCCAAGAUAUCAAGAAACCACAGGAAGGAAUCCUGUGCCGUACAAACGUAUGUGGUACUUACCGAUCACAGAUAGAUUGAAGCGUUUAUACCACUCAGAAAGGACAGCCGCGUCGAUGAGAUGGCAUGCCCAACAUUCGGUGAAAGAUGGCGAGAUUACACAUCCCUCAGAUGCAAAGGCAUGGAAACAUUUUCAAACCUUAUAUUCCGACUUUACGAGUGAGUUUAGAAACGUUUAUCUUGGCUUAUGCACGGAUGGAUUUAGUCCAUUUGGUAUGUCUGGAAGGCAAUACUCUUUAUGGCCUGUCAUCUUGACGCCAUACAAUCUCCCUCCGGAGAUGUGCAUGCAAAGAGAAUUUUUGUUCUUGAGUAUUCUAGUGUCUGGUCCAAAACAUCCAAAGCGAGCACUUGAUGUUUUUUUGUAA